GCUGACCUCUCAAAGUGCUGCCAGUAUCCUUGUCUCAGCACAGGAGUCUGGGAGGUAAGAAGGGGAGGGGAGAGGCGGUGGGGCAGACAGAAAAAAAGCUAACUGGUUGGAGGGAGACAGAAAAAAGAGAAACGCCAUUCUCGGGUUCCAACAGCAGGCUUUAGCUUGUUGAGGGCUCCAGCACUGCAACUCUGUGAAGACAGAGUCCUGCUCACCCCUGGGGUUGUGAGGCGUGUUUGUGUGACCCUAGCUAGAAGCCCAGCAAGCUUGCAGACAUGUCAAAAAGCGACCCACGGGACAUCGACGAGGAUGCCAUCCUCAAAGGGAUGAGCGCUGAGGAGUUAGAUGCGCUGGAGUAUGAGCUGCAAGAGAUGGACCCAGAGAAUGCCAUGCUGCCUGCAGGGUUCCGCCAGCGUGAUCAGACCAAGAAGAGCCCGACAGGGGUUUUCGACCGUGACGCCCUGCUGGAUCACUUGGAGAAAACUGCUCUAGAGCAUGCGGACAGAGAAGACCUAGUGCCCUUCACUGGAGAGAAGAAAGGGAGAGCGUUUGUUCCUAAGGAGGGCCACGGGCAGAUCCCCAUCAAUGAGCAGAUCACCCUGGAGCCUGAGCUUGAGGAGGCCCUGAAGAAUGCUACAGAUGCUGAGAUGUGUGACAUAGCAGCCAUCCUGGGAAUGUACACACUGAUGAGCAACAAGCAGUACUACGACGCCCUGGGCACCACUGGUACCAUCGCCAACACAGAGGGCAUCAACAGCGUCGUAAAACCAGAUCCAUUCAAGAUCUUCCCAGACGAGCCGCCCAACCCUACGAAUGUGGAGGAGACCCUUCAGCAGAUCCAGACUAAUGACAGCAGCCUGCUUGAAGUGAACCUCAAUAACAUUAAGGACAUUCCCAUCCCAACGCUGAAAGAGAUCUUUGAGGCAAUGAAGACCAACACUCACGUGGAGUCUCUGAGCAUCGCCGCCACCCGUAGCAAUGACCCUGUGGCCUUUGCUGUUGCUGAGAUGCUCCAGGAGAACACCACUCUGCAGAGUCUUAACAUCGAGUCGAACUUCAUCACCAGUGAGGGCAUGACGGCCAUUGUCAAGGCCAUGGCCAACAACAAUACACUGACCGAGAUCAAGAUCGACAAUCAGAGACAGAAGCUCGGGGACUCCUGCGAAAUGGAGAUUGCCAGCAUGUUGGAGAACAACUCCAGCAUCCUAAAGAUCGGCUACCACUUCACCCAGCAAGGGCCUCGUGCCAGAGCAGCCAUCGCCAUCACCAGGAACAAUGACCUGAUUCGUCAACAGAGGCUAAGAUGAGUAAGGAGUGGAGGAACAAGAUUGUGCCAACAAGUCGCUAGCCUGUCAUUUCAGCCCCUUGGAUCUAACAACGCUAAAGACUGCCAUUGACAGCUUUGUGCUAGCUACGUCAAUGGGGCGCAAUGAACCCCGACAACACCCCUGUGCCUGCCCACAAGGUCUUACGAGGCUGGGGGUAAACCAUUUUGUUUUUGUCUGUGUCCAAGCGAUUCAUUUCAUUAACCACAAACAGGUUUUUGUCAACAAUUUAAUUAAUCAUAAAAGGAUACAUAGGUCACAUCAUUGUGAAGUCAAGUGUAUUUUAUGCUUCCAGAGUUUGCCAUGAAAACGACUUAACUCCUUUCAUGGAAAUGUUUAAUAAUGUGGUGCUAUACCUAGGGAAAUAAAAUCUGUAAAUACUAAAAAUAAACAUUUUAAAUAAAUAACUGUGGUCUUAAUUAGUUAAAUAUGUGAGAUUUUGGGUCAUGUAAUCACCUCAUGUCAACAGGCACAGUAUUCAACAUCCAUCACUUCCAUGGUUCAAAAUAAACUUCAGCACUCAAUUAAGCAGAUGCAAAACUACAUUUUAUGCCCAGAGUUCUUUAAAACAGGAACUUUUCUAUCCUUAGUGAGCCUGUCUGAUCCCCCAACCACCUAGCCUAUUUUUAUACACCCCCCCAUUGGGAAAGUAACAGAGUCCUCUGGGCUUAAAUUACCUUGCCCAGAAUAUAACAACUUUUAAAGGGGGAGGGGUACCCAUACGCACCCAAGGAGAUGUAUGAACCCUCUCCAAACAGCUGCUAACCUCAGAAGACUUUCACAGCCUUGGAGUGGCUCCAUGUGCACAUUCAUUUUAUACUUUAUUAAACAAUGUUUUGAAUGUCACACUGAAUGUCACACACAUUUAUGAACCACUAGAAUGACCUGAGAUGUAAUGUCUCCCAGCAGGUUUUUAACAGGAGAUCAUUUUGAGUAAUUGAUUUCUCUUUGAUCAUACAGCCACAGGGAAAAAAGCAGGUGUAUUGAAAGAUCGUUAUGCUCAGUCUUUAAUAUAGUACUACAGACCGGCUAAGUAGUGCUUGAUUUUAUUUCUUAAACAGGCGUCGAACAUUGCGUGUAGUUUGCAGUGGAGAACGAGUAUGUUUUCUUUAUUGAAGCACAAGUAUCAUGAUAAAAGCAACAUAUGCCUUUGCACUGACACUUCAACUCAUCAGUCUUGAUGGCAGAUGGAUCAUUGUCUUGUGGCGUUUCAAAUAUAAUGGCCUAUGGGUGAGAUAGAACCUGAAUAAACUUAUCCAGCACUUAUAGUACACUCUACAAUGCUUUGUCUCAACAGGGGACCAAACUGGGCAAACAGAAUGACACACAGGUGCUGAGUAGUUUAAAUUCAAGAUGCACUAUAGGUGCCAGUCAAAAUCAGAUCUUUUAU